AUGAAUGUCAAACAAGCGGCAUGUCUGAACUGCCGCAAAAGUAAAAUCAAAUGUCGGCGUGAAGAGGGUGCGCCGGUAUGCGAGCGAUGCCAGAACGUCGGGAUCGAGUGCAUAAUUCCGGAAUUUCACAUUGGUAGACAGAAGGGCGUGAAAAACAAGCGAUCAGGCUUAGAGAAAGCGAUACAUCAAGUCGAGGAAGCCAUUAAAAAGAGGAAAUCAGAUGCAGCUACCAGUCAGAGUACGUUGCAGCAACUGCAACAGCUCCUGAAUGAGGCACAAGAGGGCGAUGACUCAAAUCAGAAUCCAAACCCGGACACAUCCCCAGCCUCAGAGGUACAUCUACAAGCAUCAGUAAAUAAUCUUGUUGGUACUUCAAGCGAUGACCAGCUCGCUGUUGAAGAUGUCGAGAACCCGCUCCAGCUGCUCGCUCGGGCGUCGGAUCUACGGAUUGCAACUCCACAAUCGUAUAAUCCGAGCACCGCCAGCCCCGAAGGCAGAUUCAACGGCAGCGAACAGAGCGCUUUCCUGGAUGUUCAUCAUUUCUUCCUGCCGAUGAAGGCAAAUCUCGAUCAGGGUUCAGGUUUGGAUCCGAUCGAUGUUGGCCUUGUGACAAAGGACGAAGCCGAAAUGCUUCUACAAUAUUUCCACAAGAGAUUGGCUCACACACGCUGGGGACUCGAUCCAUUGGUACACACGCUGCCAUUCGUUCGCAAUCGCUCAGCCUUUCUGUUUACUACCCUGCUGGCUAUGACCGCGAUUUUCCUGCCGGAGACCUCUGCUCUGGCCAAAAGACUGCUACUGCAUCGCAGAUUUCUAGCUGAGCAAGUCAUCACCCGAAAGCACAGAUCAGUUGAAAUCGUGCUAGCCUUCAUGGUCAGUAUACCUUGGAUGCCUCCAGGGUCGCAUGCGAGCGAUGACGAUACGAGCCUCUAUCUGGCUACAGCGCUAUCCAUCGCGCUGGAUCUUAUGCUAGAUAAAGUCAUCACACCAUCUACAUCAUUCGAUCAGGAGCUCGUUAGACAAAUACCAAAGGCCGAAUGCCUCCAGGCAAGAAAAGCACUGGCUAUGGAUGGCUUUGAAGAUGUCGACUCGAACUCGGAAUGGGGCCAGCGCCUUCUACGUCGCAGAGAAAGGGUCUGGAUUUCUCUGUUUGUAUUGGAACGCGGAGUUUGCCUAGCCCGCGGCCGCAGCUACUGCGUUCCCAAGACAUGUUUGAUUCAGUACUGCGACAAAUGGCAUUUCAAUCAGUAUGCCGACGCCCAGGAUGGACCGCUUGUAUCUAUGGCAGUACUCCGCCGCGAUCUUGACGACCUCUUUGCUGAGGUGCGCACGCGCUGCGACAACUACCGCCUGGUCGAAGUGGGUUCAAAGGUCGCACAGGAAAUCGACGGGUCUGUUGAAAGCUUCUUUGACGGUUGGUCUCGAGCCUGGCCCUCUGUGAUCGCUGAUCCAGCGAGUAAGAGUCUGCCUCCGUACGUCGAGAUUCUUGUCACGCAUACACGACUCUCCACCUACUCAAUGCUUCUUAACCACCCGAGCGCACCUCCGGAGGUUAAACGAUCGUUCCGCAAGUCUGCACUAUCUUCUGCACUCAACGUUAUGCGCGCGGCCAUCCAAGGCGAGUCUCGUCUCAAGUCGAUGCCGAACAACACAGUCACGAUGAUUUGUUUCGCUGCGAGCAUAGCGCUUGCUUUGAGUGCACCCGUGCCGGAGGGUAGUGGCAACAAGAAGAGCCUUGCUCCGAGCGUUCGACAUCUCAUUGAAGACACCGCAACGGUUCUUGAGCGUAUAGGCAGCACACCAAUCCAUCGAAACGGUGCUUCGGUCGUUUACGGUCGCUUCUUGCGCGUUCUUGUCAAGCAGGCGCCGGAUAUCGAGAGGAUGAUCCAAUUGCCAUCGCACGAUCCUGCACCGCCAUCCAUGGCCAUACCGGACCUUUUAUCGCCGUCAUACAAGGUGAAUGAAGCAUUGCCUGAAAACCAUACAAUGGGACCCGAUCCGAUCUCUAGCUACUGGCCGGACACGCUGGACUUCUCAGCCAUGUCUUACAAUGAAGUCAAUGAGACUGUGACGAACUCGGACCUGUUUUCCACGGCACUGCUGGAUCUGCCAUGGAACGACAGCAACCCAUUGUGGACAGAUUGGAUGAAUCUGCCGGACUUCAACUUCCCGUAA